GAGCGGCAGGAGGCGCUGCGCGCUGCUGCUGGUGUGAGCCUAUGGUGUGAGCUGAAGCAUGAAGAAGCGCUGAAGCCUCGAGUGUUGGUGCGGAGAGGGUCGAUGGUCGAAGGCCGAGGGCAUGCUUAUAUAUUUUAGCACGAUGGAAAUUUUUGUUAGAAUAGGUUUCAUCGAAACUUUCAAAAGACUUUCAUCAUGUUAAAAUGCCGGCGUGGAUUGGACUGGUGAACCAUGUCAAAGAAGCCAGACAAGCAUGAAGUGGGCCGUUCCAAAGGAAGUAGUCGGCUGGCACGCCGGGCACGCUCCUUCAAGGAAGAUAUUCUGGGAAAAAUACACCAGAUGCGGACGCCCAGUCGGGCUGCCUCUCCACAGCAAACACACAAGGCCAGGCCUCGGGCCCGGGACAAUGAGCUGGACGCACCCAAUACCAACCCAGCAAGUCCAGCCAGCAGCCCAAGCAAAGGUGAUUCACAAGUGAACAAUGACAUGAAGCAAAUCUCCAAUGCCUUGCGAUAUUUUCAAGACUCUGUUGAAAAAAACACCUUGGGCCACCUGCCUGGCUCUGCAAGCAUUGUUCUGGAAUAUGUGUUGCACCUUAUCUCACUUCUCAAGAAAGACCUUAUCAAUGACCAGAGUUCGGUGCUGAUGUCUACAACCAAUCAAGUCUACCAGAGCUUAUCAAGGUUCAUUGAAUGGGCAGACGAUGUGAUGCUGAACAGAGAGCGGGCAACCAUGGAAGGUGUUAACCAGGUUGUCCAAUCUCUUCAAGAUUCGCUCAAGGCCUUGAUUGAAGUCAGCCAAAAGCAGUCCCAAAACAAAGACAAAAACAAGCACAUGGGUACCACUACUCCCAAUGGCAUCUACACUUCUAAAGCAGACAGCAACAGCCAUCGCAACUCUCUGCCGGAGCUGCCCCUGACCCCUCGUGAGCGGCAGAUCCUGGAGUCAACACGAAUUCCAGACAACGGGGCCACAGUGGUGGCUACAGCUGUGCCCUCCAAGGGCCCUCUCUGCCACUCGGCCUCCUCCGACAGCAUUCUGAGCUCGGCCCUGCGGCCAGACUUUCCACCUCCCAAGCCGCCCCUCCCGCACUUAACACCACCCAGAAGCCAGCUCGAUGGUUCCAGCUUGGAUGCAGUAGCCCCUCCCCUGCCGCCAAAAAAGAAGUCUGGGGCACUCAGCUCUAACUCUAACCUCCUGGAGCCUCUGUCAGCAGUGCUACGUUCGCCACUGUUCGGGGACUGGCAAGGCAGCAGCACCCUUAGCGGUGCCAGCAGCUUCGAGUCCUGCCUCCACCAUUCAGCUGACGAUCUCCUGGGCAUAUCUUCACCAGCCGCCUGGACUGCCACCACCCACAAGACAAGCUAUCAAAGCUUCAGCUACAACGCUUGUACCACUACCGUCAGCGGCCGAAGUGACAGUGUCGACCAGCUCCUUAGUCACUCAUCAUCAUCAACACAUAUAUCAGCCAUGAAGCAGGUGGACAAGACACUUGCUUCUGUCAGCCACCAAUCAUUUGAGCUGACGGGAUCUGCUUUUGGAACUAGUGUGGAUGAAAUCAAACCGGCCCUUCCCAUCAAGCAGCGUUCUGCCAGAACAAGGACCCCAUCUCAGUAUGACAACGUUUCGGACGCUGAGGAUGUGGCAGAUGGUGAAAGAUGGAAAAGUGAACACUGGCAUACCACAGAUAUGAUGGGCUGCAAGGUGAUUGGACACGAACCGUCAUGCCCACAACAUGGCCAGCUGACAAAUGCCUCUUCGACAAAUAUCUCUGCUGCAGCUGAGGAUGGCCGACCACCGCCCCUUCCUCCAAAGAAAAAAAUGAUUCAGGAGUACAUCCAGACAUUUGGCAGCUACUCACAGCCUGCAGAGCAGCAGGAUUUUUUCAACAGUGGCCGUCUGUUCACGUACCAAGCUGCACACUACAAGCAAGUGCAGAUGUCUUUUGCUAGCCUGGGAAGUGAUGAGUUCCUUAGCAGCUCUCUGCUAGAUGCAACUUUGGCAGCACCUUUUGAACUGAGUUCUCCACCUGCUCUGCCGCCCAAGAAGAACAGGAGUAGUUCCUUGGGUGUCCAAGAUAGUCUCAUGUUGCCUACGCGCCAGUCCUAUGCGUCUCUUGGUUCAGGGACCUGCUUAGACACCCCUCAGCCUUUAAAAGCUAUUGAAGAUGCCCUGCCUGAUGAGAAUGGAGAGAGCUUGAUUGACCUGCAAGAUGUCAGCGAUCACUUGAUCUUUGGUGAUAAUCCAAAUGAUGUACGAGGUCUCAAGGGAGGGCCAGCUGAUGCUCUCAUAAUUCAUGCAACUGCAGUACCAGAAAACAGUGAAAAAGAGUACUUCUAUCAGGAGGCCUUCCUAACAACGUACAAGACAUUUGUAAGUCCUAUGGAUCUAGUGAACAAGCUCAUCUACCGCUACAACAAGUUCAUCCAGUUCUCAGACACACGGCAAAAAUAUGCUCGGUGGGCCUUCUCACUCCUGGUUCGUGUUGUGGACGACCUUGGGCUGAGUGAUGCGGGCCCAGACAUGGUGCGCUGUCUGACAGCAUUCUCGCACCAACUCGUGGGCCGGGGAGACCUGAGCCUGGCAAGGGCUCUGCGGGCCAAGGUGGUAGAGAAGUGGGAAGCGCACGCACAACUGCAUGCUGGAGGCCCCUGGAGCACGACAGGGGCCGGGGGAGCCCCUCCUGGUUGCGGCGGUAGCCUUGCCAACUUGCGUGUCACCACCCAGCCGGCCACCUUGCUCCAGUUCAAAUCAGAGCUCCUAGCCGAGCAGAUGACCCUGCUUGAUGCUCACCUCUUCCAGCGCAUUGACAUCUCCGAGAUUCUCAUUUGGGCGAAAGAGCAAAAUGAAGAUUCAAGUCCAAACCUGACGAAGUUCACCGAGCACUUCAACAAAAUGUCCUACUGGGCACGUUCCUGCAUCUUGAAGCAGUGUGACGCGAAAGAUCGCGAGCGAGUGGUGGUGAAGUUUAUCAAAAUUAUGAAGCACCUUCGCAAGAUCAACAACUUUAAUUCUUAUCUGGCGAUCCUGUCAGCACUGGAUUCUGCACCAAUACGCCGUCUCGAGUGGCAGAAGAACAUCACUGAGGGCCUCAAGGAGUACUGCGCCUUGAUAGAUAGCUCAUCGUCUUUUCGUGCAUACAGGCAGGCUCUGGCAGAGACAACACCACCAUGUAUUCCUUACAUUGGCCUGAUACUGCAAGACUUGACUUUCGUGCAUGUGGGGAACACUGAUUAUAUCACAGAUUCCAUUGUGAACUUCACUAAAUGCUGGCAGCAGUUUCACAUUCUUGAGCCAAUGAGAUGCUUCAAGAAAAAGCCAUUUUCAUUUAAGCGCAAUGAGCAAAUCAUCGACUUUUUCAACAAUUUCGAAGACUACCUCUCAGAGGAUGCGAUGUGGGAGAUCUCUGAGAACAUCAAGCCACGUGCAGGCCAAAAGAAGAAAGACUACAGCUGAAGCACUUAUUAUUUACACUUGGCAUUUAUCAUGCGCAUCCCUUCAUGGUGCCUGCUUGCUUAGUUCAUUUACCAAACCAGCCAUUUCAGAGCACUGAGUGCUCUUUUAAAGCCAGACUUAUUCAGUUUGUUUACUCAUGUUCAUUUCAUUAGUGCUUUUUUUAUGCUUUUAUUAUAGUUUUGAAGAUUUUUCUAUAAUCUAUGUAGUGUGCGGCUGUGACAGCUGUGGACCAUAUAGAGUGUUUUCUUUAUUAAGUCAUUACAAAGCGAGGCAAUCACUGGUGCUUUUGCAGCCACCACAAGUUAUUAGUGCGAUGUCAACCUUCAGAGUGCAAUUAUUUUAUUAGAUUUCCUUGUUGUUAUAUAGGUGUGUUAGUAUUGCCAAUAAUUUAUUCUUGUCAUUUAGCUGUGUAAAAUUUAUCUUAAGGGCGCUCUUGCCCUUCCAUGUGUGAAAAGUAUGCAAGCCUCAAAGUCUUUUUCAACUUUUGAUUUAUAUAGUGCUCUCUAUAUUUAUUGACCUGUAACCAUGCAAGACGUUUUCUUUUUUCCUGUACUUUACCAGACCUGGGAAUACCAUUUAUGCAACGUUGCCAAAAAAUGUGAGCCCUUCUAAGCAAAGCCUUCUGUCAAAGCAGUUCCAUAUAUGGGGCAGACCCAGCAGACUCAAACUUGUUGCCAUUAAAUUGUAUGCAUGGCACCCUAGUUAAGGGGGCCCACAACAAUGGUGAGUUGACGCAUUCUGUGGAUAAGGCAUAAAGCUGUGAUGAACAUCUUGCACAAGCUUUGCAGUUGUAGGCAGCGCAUGGAGCCAGCAAGCGGCAAAUUAAGAUAGUGCCCCCUCUUUUUGAAGGGCCAUUCCUGGAAAUGCUAGCCAGUGGCCAGCUAAUGUCAGCUGGUAGUGGUCCAGAGACACCAACCAUUGGGUGAUUGUUUCUUAUCAUGAAUUACCCAUGUGCAUAUGCGCACCUUUCCUGGUCUGUUAGGGAUUACUACUAGGAAACAGUGAAGUGAUGGUUUUUUACCACAUCUCAUCACCGCUCCAUUGUUGCUCUUAAGAAGCUUUGUCAGAGGCCGUCCCUGUAAGAUUACCAUAAGCACACCACAAAAAAAAAAAAAGAACGAAAGGUGCGACAGUCAGGGGAAGCCUAUCAUAUCUGCAUUCAUAAUUGGUCCUUUUCAAAAAUUUAUUUGGUAAUAUGUUCCUUGAAAGGCGCUGCUCUUACUUUAGCAUGUUCUGUAGGCUUCCGGAAAAAGUUUUUCAUGGCCCCUUUAAAGCUUCACCUGCCAUUUUCAAAUAAAGGCAGUAGUGUUGAAGGGAAAAUAUUUAUGCAUAAAGCAUUAUUUUAUGAACAAAACAAUUUUUUUUUACUUUGAAGUGCACGAUCGAGGUACCUCAGUAAAUUGAAAGUAUGUGCACCUGACCGCAUGGUGUUUUCAGAGCACAGAAGUAGCGAAAAAGUUAAAUUCUCACGCAGCUUCGCCACAUAGCAUAGAAUUUAGGUGUGCUAUGUGGUGAACAUAUGGGGAAGUUAUGCACUGGUCCGUUGAAUUCCGGGAACAAUGUGUUAGGCACUACAAAAUUUCAUAUUUUCAUGGGUCCCCGGUCUACAAAGGUUUUUGUAAUUGGGGAUGCAUUUACAGGAUUCGUACAGAACAUUUGACUCAAAAUUUAAGGACAAUUUAAGAGUUGCAAGGCUGCCAAAAGCAUUAUUCUAGGAGGAGAAAACAAGCUUUAUUCAUGCAAAUACACUUAAACAUAGUAAAAUCUUUUUAGCUGCAAUUUCUUACAGCUAAGCAGCUGCUGGGUUGGACACAUGCUUCAGGUUCUUCAGGUCGCUUUUCUAAGAUGACUUUCCCAUUGCCACCUCAUUUCUCCCUCUUCAUUUCCCUGUCUCUCCCUAACCGUUUACCCCAGUUGUGGAGUAGCAGGCCAGAGACAAGGUUCUCAAGUCAACUUCUCCACCGUUCCUAUCAUUAAAGUUCUCUCUCGCUCUCCCAUCUAUUGAUGUCAACCACGUUCUAGCAUGAUGGUUAGUAGUGUCCGACUUCAGCCAAAAGUACGCAUCAUAUUAAAGUCAAAUGGCUGAAAGUUACUUUCUGCCAGGCAUUUCUAGAGCCUAGGACUCGAAACUGGAGCCACGAUGGUGGUAGUGUGAACCAACUAGAAAAAACAACAAAAUAGUGGCACGGCUUGCAUGGUCGCUUGAUCUGGCUUUGUCUAGCUUCACGACGGCAACAAUAAUUUAAACAAGCCUGUUGUUAAUCGCUGUGGACGCACCACUUUUUAAUCAUUUAGCAACAUAAUCUCAAAAUAAAAUAUCUAGAAUUUUUUCCCGGUAGAUAGUGUCCAUAGCAUAGCCCCUAUGCAGAGUUUGUUACCUUGAAUGUUCAAAGGUUGCCCCCAACUACAGCAUUCAAUUCAAAGAGCACACUUAUUUUAAAUGAAUUUUAAGGGCCCUUGAAUCUGUUUUUCCAAAUUCAAGGGUUUUCAAGGAUUUCAAGGAAGUGUACAAACCCCGAUUUGUCAUGGUUCUAAAGAACCUUUCCUUUUUUUUCUUUGACAUGGCAGGUUUGAGUCUGCUGGGUUCCCUUGUUCUUGCAUCACUACCUCUUGUUGCAGUGCACAAAUGGAACCAAAACUGAACAGGAUAUGGUGCUUUUAUCUAACUGCACUGACACACAAUAAUGAAAAUGAGAAGUUAUAUAGUGUGACCAUGUGCAACUAUAAUAAUUGUACACUUAACUGUAAGUUUAAAACGCCUUUUGCAUCCUUGUACACUAAUGCACAUAGGCCUUGUAAUCAUGUCCAGUUCACUUUUGUUUCCAUUCUCAACUUCUCAAUAGGGCCUCUCACCAGACCCCAUUGCAAAUUUUCGUUAUACACUGGAACUUGUACGGCACCAUCUAGGGAGUAUUUUCAUUGGAAUAACUUUUUUCAAGCCAGUUCAUUAUUGUACAAGAUAGAAGAAAUUGAACUGUUCUUUUACCAUGCUGCCAGGAGGCGAGCAUCACUGUCAACAGAGUCUUUCCCCCUUUGCCUUGACCGGAGCCAAGGGACCGUGACACGUUCACAUGAUUGUCCCCACCUCCUUUGCUGCGCGGUACAUUUCCAGUGGAGGUAUCACACAUUCAGCAUAAAAUGAUCAACCCAAAUCACGUGCCAUGGUCGGUAUAUGCCAUGGUAGAGGUAUAUGUGUGUGUGACCUUGACUGUCGUUCGAAGCGCGGCUUUCUUGAGAGAAAGGGGGCACAGUCUUCUGUUCGAAGGUUCAACCAUUUUUUGCAAAUUGCAACCGUUUCAUACUUUGCAAGUCGAUCAUGACCGUGUCAUGACCACCCUUGUUUGUUUGCAAUACCGAAACCUGGUGAGGGGCUCUUUGAAAUUAGCAUGCUUCUUUCUUUCUGAUAACUGCUCUCACAUCUCAUAUGAGCUGCAGCUUGUGUGAGCUUGCAUGCAACAAAGUGAUGCUGCUGAUGUGACUAAAAGAAGGCUGGAAGGACGGGGAUAUUUGCAUACUUGGCACUUUUAGGUGGUCUCUCAGACAGCUGGGAUUUAGAUCUCGGGAGCCAGGUAGUUGACUGAAUCUUUCAUGGCCAAGGCAGACAAGGCGGUGUGGUGCAAUGUCGGUCUGCAAUUGUUCAGCCAAGAACGUGCACUGGAGCUAUGUAAUGUCAGAUACACUUUAUUACUUAAUUUUUUAGCUGCACUCAGGGAAGUGCGACAUUUUGUCUGCUUUUAUUAGCUGUUACAUAUGUAGAAAUGCUGCGAUGCGAGCUAUGCUAAAAGAUAUAAUGUGCAGGUUUUAGCUAUGUAAAGUUUAUUGAAAUUUCAGCGACCGGCUUGGUCAUUUGCAUUUUGCAAAUGAUUUGGUGCUGUGUAUUGAUGAGCUUUAAGCUUGUUUGAGCAAAGAUUACUUAAAUUUAUAGGAUGUUCUAGAACCGGGUCUUAUUUCAGUCUUGAGAGUCCUACAUCAUGUAUUCUUAAUUGUUGUCUGCCAUUUACGUUGUGUGUGCUGUAACAGUGAAAAUGCCAGGCCAGUGUCUGCCAUUUUAUCAACAUCCCCCCCCUUUGUUCUAAAUGAACUUAACUAUUAACUUUAUGGUAGCCGAUUUUAAUUGACAGCUGCGCAUGUUUUUUUUCUUUUUUUCCCCUACUGAGAUAAAAAUAAUGAAGGCCCGGUUUUUAUAGUUACAUUUGCUUAUUAAAGCAAAGAUGUCCUGGUGUUUCGAAGCAUUAAAAUAUUCCCGCCCCUGAGAAACAAAGUAUGGUUGAACCUCGUUAUACCAAGCACGAAUAUAGUAUCAAACUAUCACUAAUGUGAGAACCAAUACUUAGAUUUUAGUCUUGAGAUUUUAUAAAGUACAUGCAUUUUAGUUUUUGUAUACCAAAUCUACUGGGGCAUGCUGUGGAUACACUGGACACAUGCAGCAGUGCUUCUGUGAAGCACAUGGCCAGCAGCUGUCAUACAGCAGGCAUUUGCAACUCUCCCAUGUACGAUUCCAAUGCUGGCAAGCACCAUCGUGAGCAUAGCAAGGUGUAUCAAGAAUUGCAAAGCGAGGGCUCGGCAAUUGCCUCCAUGGUGUCCAAGAUCACACUGCUUUAUCAUGGAGCCCAUGGCUCAAUAGCCACACUCGCUGGUCCUUCAUGCAUCCUGGUGGAACAAGUCAUCUUAUCAUCUGGAACCUUAUUUGCUGAUCAGCCAGUCAUUGCUGCAACAGGUGUGACAAUGUAAACUUUAAAGCUGAGAAGCACUGCUCCUGUUUCAGCUGCAUGAUAAGGACUGGGAAUAGAGAGGUGGGAUAUUCAUGUCAAGUAGCUACCAUAUGAAGCCAGUGGGCACUAAAGCCAAUAAAAGCAUAGAGAAAAUAAACUUUUGUUUAGUAUAACUAGGCAAUCUUAAUAGUGUUAAUAAAUGCAAAUGAAAUGAAAGUGAAGGACAACUUGACACCAGUGGAAGCAGAACUCGUAGCUUUAAGAUGACACAAUGAUACAUGUAAUGCGUAAGCACACCCGUGGACGGUUCCCACCACACAAGCAGCGCAUGUCAUGCAGAGGCUGUGUAUGUGGCUCCAGGCAGUGACAAGUUGUCUUUCCUUUCACUUUUGUUUACUUUUCACUGUUCAAGAAUUAUGGAAAUAAAGACAAAUUCAACACUCCCUUGUAAACAGCAGCCUUUCUUUAAAAAAACAAACUGUGCUCUUUUUUUGUCUUCAGUGCCUGUUGGUUUGUAAUUGUGUGGUUUUCUACUCUCAAUUUAAUGAGGUACCCUGCUCGAAACAGUUAAGAAAAGUUGAAGCAGUCUAUUUGGUACAUCACAACAUGCUCGGUAUAGCAAUACCUCAUGGUGACAGUGGGAAUGUUUAGUACAAGGUGGGAUGCAAAGUGCAAGGCCACUCACUCCUCAGUACCAGUCCAUCUGCUUUAGUGUGAAUGCAGAAGCAGUCAUGGCACACCUACUUACAGUGGCUUGCUUGUUUAGUCAGUGAGCUGAAAACUGAGCUCUCAUUGUCAUGAAAACUGUUUACCAACCAGAAGUGCUGAAGUACAACAUUGAGUGCAACACCCUGACGGCACAUUAUGUCACAUUACUUGCAACCAUUUACUUACUUGUGGUUUGAUAGGUAAAUAGCGGAAGGGUGUAAAACAAAUCCCUGUCGCAUCACCCGGUUGCAUUUCUUGCCUUCUCGCACACCGAGUGCCUUCCAUUUCCAUGUCAAUUGCCGACUGAAUCAAGCCAAUCUCAAUUGAGCCUAUAAGAUAAAUGUAUGUAUGAAAUUUUGGCUACAGCAAACUUCACACAAUUCUCUUUUUGUACUCUUUGUUAUAACGAGGUUCAACUGUGUGCAGGCCUGCCAUUUCUUAAAACACUGAAUUGUGACUCUGGUUGAGCUGAUAUAAAAUACAGUGGCUUCUUUAAUUGUGAACAUUGCAUUGUGAAAUGGUGGUUCAUACUGCAACACUUUCACACAUUUUUUGAGCCCACUUAUAAAUUUCCUCGACUUUUUAACAUCACAAAAAUUGGUGCCCGCAAUUGCCUCUCACUAUGAACGUGUCACCAACUAGUUAUGGCAGGUGCGUGGGCUUUUUCUAGUCGUUCUAAGCUUCUUAUCACAAAAAAUACAUAAAUAAAAUAAAAAACCUGUUUAAGCUGCAAAUUAAAAAAAAAAAAAAAAAAAGCUGCCUAAGCCGCAGGGUUAUUGCAGCCUCCAAUUGCAGUGACUUCAGUAAGAACAGGUGGCUUUUUCUGCCCCUGUGCACUAGCAACAUCAUAGCACCCAUGUUUACAAAAAUAAAGGACAUGUAUAACAAACCUUAUCAUGAUCAGAACAUUCUAGCAUUCUCAGUAAGUUGACUGCCUUAAAGGAAGUGACAAAACUGUUUUGGUGAAGCACAUCGGUUAUGCUAAUUUCUUUUUCUGAAAUACAUUGGCAUUGGAAGUGUGUAGAUUGUCAGGAGGAGGGUGCAAGGAGGUGCCCACCAUCACAAGGCUUUAACAGUAAUUAUUCCAAAGAUCUAAGUGAUAAUCAUAUCUUUCCUCUCUCCAAAUUCUCAUGCUACUGAAAACAGACCUGAAAAUCAUAAUCUUAGUUCCAGAUUGUUUACAGCAGAUAAGCAUUUGUCCAAUACGGCUUUGCUACAGACCAGGUGGUGUGUGGCAAAUACUUCUUGACCAGGCCACGACAUGGUUGAUUGUAGUUGAUGCGCUAACAAGCAAUGUCACCACGCAAAAUUGUUAAUAUUUGUAAACAAUACUUCUCAUGGUAUAUAACACUUUUUUUUUUCAAAUCAAAAUUGAGCUUCAAUUUUUGCUUACAAUGGUGAUCUUCAUUACAAUCUCUGCUCUUUUUCUUUUGACAUUAAAAACAUGAAUGACAUGGCAUAGAAUCUGUUAUGAGGGUACUGCACAUCUAGGAGCUGGAAGUAUUCAACAGUCAACACAAAUUUCAACUAAAAACCAGAAGCAGUGCAGUUAAGACUGGGAAAAAGAAAAGGAAAAACCUGGAACUGCUAUAGACACUUCACUAUGCCACAGUAUGGGUGCAUCCAUAUGAGCCUUCUGUUUUUGGAAAGGUUAGCUGUGAAAUGGCCAUAUGGCCACAAACAGGGCAGCUAGGUUCAGAAGCACUAAUAAAUUAAUUAAGACUAGGUUGAAAAUGUUAACGAUAUAAUGUACAGGACACGUAGGUGCCCCUUAAUAAUUUUAAAAUUGACUACACGGCCAGAUAUUUUGUACACUACUAAUAUUAGCAUAUUUACGAGUACAUGUCUGAACUUUCCAUCGAGUGAUAUGAGCUGAAGUGGCACUUGCUGUGCAGGACAUGUUAGUUUCUUUAUCUUCAGACGACCAUUGUCUGAAAUUUAUUGUGCCAUGUACCCUGUGUUUGCAUUGCGAAAUGUGCACUGUAAAACUGCACUAUAUAUAUUCUGCUUCAACAGUGUUUCCCAUGCUGCUCACACAGGAUUCAUCCUGAUCAGCUUGACUGACCACACUUGUGUGUCUCCUCAGCUUAUAUAUUGAUACACCACUCACAGCAAAUAGCAAAGUUGUCCUCAGAAACUGGCAUACGUAGACUGUACUACAGGUCUGCAGCUCUCAGCGUUGCUGCAUGCAAAGUACUUUUGGACGCCACUGUCACAGCCAAUUUAUGAGACUACGCCAAUCUAUGAAACUACACAAUUAACAUCUCAUAACUCAUUGAUAUACCACUCAUUUAGUGCACUGCUUUUUCACAAAAAGAGUAAAGGGCAUAGUCUUCUGCUGGCAUAGUUCACAGUCUGCAGUGACUACUCACAGGCAGUUUCACCGAUCCUCAAGCAUGUAAAACUCCUCGAAACUUGCAAGUAUAUGUAGUCAAUACUGAGAAGUGAGUUAGCCCACCUAAUUGAUGCUGUUGAUGAGUACCGCAAGGAUUACAAUCUCUCCACUCUUUAAAUGUUAUUUUCACCUGUGGCAUGUGUCUGAAGUGAAAGGCAUUUCCUUUUCUAUAGUUGAUGUAAUAUUGCAUUUAUGUGCAUAACUGUAUAGGAGUGCAUGAACAAGUUGCAAAAAGCAAUUGAAGAAUGGUCCUUGAGCCACUUGCCAAAUUCUGCUGUAGGCGAUAACAUUUUAUGCGUGACAAUGUAUAUGCCACGAUCAAAGUUCUUUUUCUGGGUGUUUGUUAUCCAGCAUUGUUGGAUGCGCUUAUUCAUUUGCACUUGUGCAAUGCUGUGCAUAAAAAAAUUGGCUCAUGCACGGGCAACCUUGACACAGCAAAGGACAGUGACUUUUACACAUGACAAGCCAUCAAUGUCUCUACAACUGCCAUACCAGUAAACAUGCCAUACUGCAGCUGUCAGCCAGUGCUACACACUGCACUUGGCAAGCCCUUGGCAAGCCGAAAUGCUUGUCAUGAAUUUUGGCUCCACAGAAGGCCACAGAUGUAUGCAGGCUCACAUGAUGCAAGGUUGUGUGUGAGGGGUUCAUGAAACCAUUGUUUAGUAGCUAUUUGGUAUUAAACCAGGAAAAAGAAGUGAGCCCUGUUGUCUAAAAAGCUGACGCACGUUAAUUCACACUUUAUUGUAAAAUAUGACUGGUGUUCAACCUGGUGUAAGAAAAUGGGAGGAAGUCAAUGUCAUAAGCUGGUGCUUUUAUUUUGCAUUGUAUACAAGAGCACCCCAUAGUGUAAAAUCAUGUUUCUAGGAGAAUGCAAGCUUACAUGAUGAUUUACAGCAUUGCAGUCAUAUUGACAAAGCCUCAAAGGUGCCUGACAAACUGCACAGCUUGCCAUGUGCAUUGCUGCUGAAGCAUACAGGGGGCUCAGUAAUAUGCUUUGCAGCUCUCUGCUGAAUAAUGACCUUCAGUGCUGUACAGUAAUCACGAAUGAACUACAUACAUGGUAUAUGAUGCUUAUGAAUACCAUGCAUGGUGCAUUAACAUCCUCCUUUCUUUCAUCUUGCUUGUGCUAUGCACAUGUUCUCGCAAGCUUUGUACAUUUUAUAAACGCCAACAUGAAAAUAUUAUUUUCUUUUGACAAAUGUCAUGCACAAUGCAAUGUAAAUAUAUUGCAAGAACUUAAAAUUUAUAGGGGCACUUCACUGUUUCAGUGAAGUAUAUCCCUAAAUCAUAGCUUUAUUCUUUCACAUGCAUUAACCUUUCGCUUUUUUUUUUUUUUUUUUUCAGAUGUUCUGGAAGUGGUAGUUGUGAUAAAGAAAAACACUUAUAUGGCUAACAUUCACAAGCAGCAGAACACUUUUAAAAAUAGUAACUACUAUAUAUAGAUAUAUAUAUAUAUAUAUAUGUACUGCUCGCCAGUAUGUGUAUGUGAUAUAAAACCAACAUGCCCAAGAAUGAAAUGCCAGUGAAGUUUAUUGUUGAUGUCAUCCAAUGCAUGUCUUUUGCAUGUUUAUUUUGUGAAGAAAGGGAACGUUUUUGCUUUUGUGUGAGUGUGUGUGUAUAGCCCCAUUGUUGCUGGCACUUGCAUGUCUUUAGUAGGUGCUUAUAGGAUGAACUGAAUAGCAAGCCCUAAUGUAACUGUUUACUGCCGUGCUGAUGUGGGUUCGCAGCCAUUUUCAAUAUUGUUCUUUAAGUCACAACAGUGAAUGUACAAUUCGUUUUCCAAAUACAUCAUUAAAAGUGUACCUUGAGUUUUCAUCAUCA